AUGUCUAGUGAGAAGUUAUGUUACGAAGAUGAUUGUGUAAUACCAUAUAAACUGGUACUUUCAAAAGAGAUUGGUGAUUCUAAGAAUUUACAUGAAGAAAUGAUGGUUUAUGGACAAUUUACAGUUAACAAUAAUACUGAUAAUGAUAGUUUUUUAAGUGAAAUUGUCGUUGUUCGCCUACCAAAAACAAUAAGAGAUAGCAAUGAACCGGUUCAUUUAGAGCUAACUAUACUUGAUCUACCAAAAAAUAUAAAAGACUAUACUAGUGUAAAUGUAACUUCUCUUCUUCAUGAAAAAAAACAAAUGAAGGUACAUUCAAAAUUAAAAAGUACAACUGAACUUUUAAUGACAAUAAUAAGAAAACAUGAAGUAGGAAAACAUACAAAAUAUAUGGAUCAUAAUAAUUUAGAAUGUAACUGUAAAAAAGAAAAGUGUUCAUGUUGUAGUCAUAUUAAUAUUCCAGUUGUUGGAUUGGAUCAUGAUAUUUGUUUUAAUGUAACUUAUAAUAAAAAAAAUAAAACUGUUUUUUUGACAAUGGAAAUGGAAAAAGAAAUUGUCCUUCAAAAGAUUGAAAAUGUUAUGUCUCCUACAAAACAUUAUGAAUUUAUUCCAACAUUAGAAAAACAUGUCUAUGGAGAUAUACAAAUGUUUAAUAUUCAUAUGGGUCGCAGGAUGAUGUAUUUUUGUACAGAAUUACUAAUGCGUAGACUGCAGCCUAUAAUGGAAGAGUUAUCAGAAACUUCACAAAAAAAAGACAAAUCCGAGAAUAAUAAUAAAAAGAGGACAGAAGAGAAAAUAAUUGAUGUGAAAGAUAAUAGUAAAAAUAUUAAAGCAUUGGAAAAUAAUUAUUAUAAUAAUGUCGUUAAUAACACUAAUAAAGAUUUCCAAUUUAAUUUUACCGAUAACAAUAAUAUUUCACUUCCUCCUGACUCUAUAAAUUCAAAAAAAAAUAAACAAACUAUUUUUAAUAGAAUACGUAAUAAAAUUACAAUUAAUACCUUAGAUUCUUUUGAUUCUAUUUCCAUGACUGAUGUUUCACAAAUUUCUACUCCAUCCACUUCCUCAUAUGGUACAUUAUUUGGAGAUCAAAGUAAUAUUAGUGAUGAUGAUACAAUAUCACAAAGUAAAAUGAAAUCAAAUUUGUUGGAACAAAAAGUUGAUGAUAUAUUGAAAGAAUUUGAUGAAGAUGAUAUGGAUAAUAAAAUAGAAAAAGAAGAAAAAAAUAGUAGAUAUUAUAAUGAUAUAGAUGAUUCAUGUGAUGAUACAUUAUCAAUUUCUACUACAGAUUCAGAGGAAGAUAAAGUAAUUAAACAUAAUAAUAAUCAAUUAAAUUUAUGUGAAACAAAUCUUAGUGUUCAUAGAAUGUCAUUUAUAAUGCAAGAAAAACUUCAUGUAUUAGCACAAAAUAUAAAAAGAAGAACAACAUAUGUUAGAGAAGAAAUGAUAAAAGAUAUCUCAUCAGAUGAAGAGGAUGCUAAAAGUGUUACAUUACCGAUGCCUGAACAACAAACAACAUUAAUGGAUCUUCUUGGUUUAGAAGAAAGUGUAAAAGAACCAACAUCAUGGAGUGAUAUAAUUUUUAAAUCUAGUAUUAAUUCACAUUCAAAAACUUACCUUUUCUGGUUAGCAUUCGUUGUGUUAGCUUUUAUUUAUAAUGCCUUAGUAUGCCCAUUACGAAGUUCUUAUCCAUAUCAAACACCAGAAAAUUUAAAAUAUUGGAUGAUGAUAGAUUAUACUGCAGAUAUUAUAUAUAUAUUAGAUAUUAUUUUUAUCAAACCAAGAUUAUCUUUUAUGGAAAAUGGAAUGUUAAUAACAAGUAAAGCUGAAACUAAAAAACAUUAUUUAAAAAGCAAAAAAUUUAUUUUUGAUGUUAUAUCUAUAUUACCAACUGAUUUAAUGUAUUUUAGAACGGGUCCAGUAAGUCUUUGGAGAUAUAAUAGAAUAGUUAAAAUUCAAUCAUAUUGGGAUUUUUUUUCUAUUCUUGAUAAUUCAUUUUCAAAUCCAUAUGCUAUUAGAAUAUUAAAAACAUUUAGUUAUAUGAUAUAUAUAAUACAUUGUAAUAGUUGUGUAUAUUAUACAUUAUCAGCAUGGCAAGCAUUUGGUCAACUUGCCUAUAGAAUGAGAGGAAAGUGGUAUUUAAAUAAAUGGGUCUAUAAUAAUCAGGGGAACUCAUAUUUUAGAUGUUUCUAUUUUACAGCAGCUGUUGCUACAUCUACAGGUAACAAUCCAGCACCAACAAAUGUUAUUGAAUAUAUUUAUAUGACAUUUUCAUGGAUGAUGGGUGUUUUUGUUUUUGCUUUACUUCUCGGUCAAAUAAGAGAUAUUGUAUCUAAUGCUAAUAAAAAUAAAGAAAUGUUUAGAACAACAAUGGAUCAAGCAUUAAGUGAAUGUAAAAAAUUAAAUUUACCAAAAGAAUUAACUAAUAGAGUUAGAGAUUGGUUUCUUUAUACAUGGGAUCAACAAAAAACAUUAGAAGAAAGAAAUUUAGUUAAUAAAUUACCAUUAAAAUUACAAGCUGAUCUUGCUUUAUCAGUACAUUAUAAUACAUUAAGUAAAGUUCAACUUUUUCAAGAUUGUGAAAGAGCAUUAUUAAGAGAAUUAGUUUUAAAAUUACAACCUGUAAUUUUUCUUCCUGGUGAUAUGAUAUGUAAAAAAGGUGAUGUUGGUAAAGAAAUGUAUAUUGUUAAUCAAGGUAUCCUUCAAGUUGUUGGUGGUGAUAAUAAUGAAAUUGUUUUUGCUGAAAUGUGUGAAGGUACCGUAUUUGGUGAAAUAUCUUUAAUGGCUAUUGGUGGAAAUAAUCGUCGUACAGCAUCAAUACGUUCAAAAGGUUACUCAACAUUAUUUGUUUUGUCAAAAGAAGAUCUAAAUGAUGUUAUAAAAGAUUAUCCUGAAGCACAAAGAUUAUUAAAGAAAAAAGCAAAACAAAUGCUUAAAAAAGAUCAAAAGAGUAAAGAACCAGAAACUAAAGAUAGUAAAAAAGAUAUUGCCGAGAAGUGUAAAGUUACUACUGAAAUAAAAACACCAAAAAUGCUUUCUACAAUUGCAAAUGUUUUAAGACCAGGAAGUGCAAUUUCAAAAACUAUUUCAGAAAUUAUAGAAAAUGACAAGGAAGAAAGAAAAUUCCGCCGUUGGGGAACAUUACAAUCUGAUUCAGAUAUGUCUGAAAUUGAAUUUCCACAAAUAAACGUCGAAGAAGAGUAA